GGAUUGACUUUCAAAAUGCAGAUCUUUGUAAAAACGCUAAUGGGGAAAACGAAAACCCCUGAGGUUGAACCCUCAGAUACAAUUGAAAAUGUUAAUGAUACGAUUCAGGACAAGGAAGGUAUUCCUCCUGAUCAACUGAUCUCACUGGGGAACAAACAGAGGAUGGCUGUACUCUUUGAUAAUAUCCAGAAGGAAUCAACUCUACACCGUGUGUUCAGGCGGCAUGGUGGCACAAAGAAGAGGAAGAAGAGGCCAUACACCAUCCCAAAGAAGAACCAGAAUAAGAGGAAGCAGGUCAUACUUACUGUCCUUAAAUACUACAAGGUUGAUGAAUAUGGGAAAAUCUACCAUCUAUGCCAUAAAUGCCCAUCAGAGGAAUGUGGUGCUGGUGUGUUCAUUGCCAGCCACUUCAACAGACAAUAUUGUGGAAAGUGCUAUUUAACAUUUUGCUGUAACAAGGCUAAAGAUGCAUAAUUGUAUUCAUUUUAAUAAUGAUAGAAAAUUUUUUUUAAAAGGUAGAGGUUGGACACACUUGCGUUGUUACCCCUGGA